UGAAUAUUUUCAUUGAAGUAGUUGAAGCCGACAGAACACGUAAACAAAAUAAAAAAAUCUUUUAAAUCCUUAUAAUCUUUUAAAUUAAAAUUAUUUCAAGUUUUAUAUGCUUCCAUUCCUGCAUAUAAUUAGAGCUAAGGUGGGUUACAGAUUAUCAGCGCCUGGAAAUUCCCAAAUUGUGUGCAUAGCCGGUGACUCCAUUUUAGAUAUAAUUAAAUGAAGCAAUAGUUCCAACCGGGAAGAAGUAGACAUGUCAGCUACAUUAAGGUAUCGUGGCAAUAAAAGCAAUCUCAUAGAGAUUGCCAAAACCUUGGACGCUUUCAAAAAAGUUCCAGAGAAAUACACAGAGACGACAGAAAUUGGUGGAACACUUUCUCUAAUCAGUAGAUUAUUGAUUGUAUUUUUGAUCUACAAAGAGAUCCAAUAUUAUCAAGAUGCCAAUUUGAAAUAUGAAUUUGUGCCAGAUACAGAAACUGAAAAAGUUCAAAUGCAUGUCGAUAUAACUGUGGCCAUGCCAUGUGGAUCUUUAUCGGGUGUAGAUUUAAUGGAUGAAACCCAGCAAGAUGUCUUUGCCUAUGGCACCUUGCAGCGACAGGAUGUAUGGUGGAAAAUGGACAUUGAGGCGAGAGAAGAAUUUGAGCGACAACAACAUUUAAACCAUUUUCUGCGUGAACAGUAUCAUUCGGUAGCUGAUGUUUUAUUCAAAGAUGUUAUUAAAUCACAUGAAGUUACUAGCCAGCCCGAGAAAGAACAUAGGGGACAUGGUCUGCCUGAUGAAAAAUAUGAUGCUUGUCGCUUGCAUGGUACUUUGGGAAUACACAAAGUAGCGGGUGUUCUACACAUGGUGGGUGGGGCUAUGCCAGUCGUCGACAUGAUUGGAGAUCAUUUGAUGAUUGGUUUCCGGCGCCUACCGUCGAAUUUUACACAUCGCAUUAAUCGUUUGAGUUUUGGCCAGUACUCGAAACGUCUAAUACAGCCCUUGGAGGGUGAUGAGACUUUUGUGGCCGAUGAAUCGACAAGGGUACAAUAUUUUCUUAAUAUUGUACCCACUGAAAUACAUACAGCCUUUUCAACCAUCAACACUUAUCAGUAUUCGGUUACGGAAAAUAUAAGAGUUUUAGAUGGCGAUGGCAGUUCGUAUGGUUCUCCGGGGAUUUACUUUAAAUACGACUGGUCGGCAUUGAAAAUUAUUGUGCGUACCGAUCGUGAAAAUAUUAUUAAUUUUACAAUACGAUUAUGUUCCAUAAUUUCGGGUAUUAUUGUAAUAUCAGGAAUAUUGAAUUUCAUUUUAGUUUCGGUACAAAAGAAACUACUGUCCAUAUUUGCUCCCCAGCUGUUGCACAUAAGACUGAAAGAAUCUCCUGAGAAUACGCCCUUGGCAAAACCUCAUAUUUUUAAGGAAGUUGUUGUACCACCAACUCAAUUGGUCGUUAGCAACGACUUGAUAACCAAUGCCAAUAUAAUGGCAACCAAAGUGGAGGCAAUUAUUCCUGCACUUAACAAAACAAAUGAACAAUAAUUUAAUUGUAUUUGUAAGCAUUCCAAAGAAUCUCUUGUUUCAUUAUUGAAAAUAAAUGACGUUUUUUCUAAAUAAUUCA